AUGGCAUCUCACGACUCCCAUCCGCAGGACUCCGAGUCCCCAGAUACCGACUUCCACCCGACAAUAACUCACCAUCCCUCCUACUCAAAUCAAUUUCCACAACAUUCUCGCCCCCUAAUUGAUUCCGCUAGAAACGCAUGGCAGUCCAGAGCCCCUGGAGGUUCCCAACAGGCCUCCAGCUCCCCCGCGGAUGACAUCAAAUCUCCGGGAUGGCCCCAAAUGGCUCUCUCGGUAGCUUUCGCGCCGCGCUUCCGGUAUAUGCUGAUCUACGGCACGUUGUUCAUAUUUGCAUGGAUCGGUUGGCGAAUGUUACCUUCUCCUCAACUACAAGACCAAAACUCGCUAUUGCAUUCGUCCCCUCACGCUGACGGCUUGAUUCGGAUCCGUACACUGGACCCAGGCCUGGUGCCUGGGGAUAUAUCAAAAGUGGAUUCAGGGAAAACGAGUCGGAAACGGCUAAUCUUUGUGGGAGAUGUGCACGGUUGUAAAGAUGAGUUGGUGCAACUUCUUGAAAAAGUCUCCUUCAACAAAAAAGGCGGCGAUCACCUUGUCUUUGUCGGUGAUAUGAUCAACAAAGGGCCAGACAGCAAAGGGGUUGUGGACUUAGCUCGGGAGCAUUCGGCAUCUAGUGUCCGUGGGAACCACGAGGACCGGAUUCUGCUUCUCCGACAAGAGAUGGUGAAGACCAACACUCUCACAACCCCCGAUGAUGGUAGGUACUCUGGUUUCUCAUCUAGAGAACUUACUGAGCGUGCACUCGCACGGUCUUUGAGCGAGGAGCAGGCUCAGUGGCUGGAGAACUGUCCAAUGAUACUGAAUGUCGGCCACAUUCCAGGCAUGGGCCAGUUGGUUGUCGUUCAUGCGGGACUGAUACCGGGCAUUGAACUUGAGAAGCAAGAUCCCUCUAGCGUGAUGACCAUGCGGACCAUUGAUUCUGAUACAAAUGUACCCAGCCCGAAAAAGAAGGGCAUGAAUUGGGCUAAAGUAUGA